AUGUUCCCAUUUACCGACGUUGAGACAAAGGAAAGAUUGGCUAUCGAGAAGAGAAGACAAGCAGAAGAGGAAAGAAGGAAGAGAAUUCUUGAUCCAAAGGCAAGAACAAUGGGUUUAGAUGUUGCUGGUAUACAAUCACAAAUUGAAGAAAAGGAGCAAAUAAAGAAGCGAGAACAAGACCGUGAUAGAUAUUUCGACCAAGCCUCCCUUGUUCAUGCAAAGGUUGCCAACAUUAUGGAGAAGGAAAUGCAUCAAACUAAAAAACAAGUUUAUAAGGAAGUCAAUGAUUUUAGAAAAAACGAACAGUUACCUCAUACAAGAAGGGAAUUUGAUUUAAAUGAUCCUGAUGAAUUGAAAAAGAGUAGACCAAUCAGAGUUGGUGACUAUGAUCCUAGCUUGACGAUUUCAGGAGGGCAAAUUAUGCACGGAGAGGACUUGGGUCGUGAAGAAAGACUUAAAGCUCAGCAAGACCAAUUGAAGUGUUGGGUCUCAGAACAAGUCAAUGAAAAACAAAUGGUAAAGGAAAAGGAAGAUUUGGAAAGAAAAUUAUUCGAGCAAAAGGAAUUGGAAAUUCAAAGAUUGACCUAUGAAUUAAGGGAAAAAGAGAAUAUGAUAAAACUUGAAAAGGAAAGAGAAAGAAAAGAAUUCAACGUUGAACAAUGGAAUGACAAGGAAGAGAAAGAAAAGCUUCAAAGAGAGAAAGAAGAAUUAGAUAAAUUAGAAGAAAUACAGAAUCAACUCAAUAGUCAUCUCCUUAAUGAGGCAUUCCACACAACUCUCAAUGUUAAUGAUCCUAAUAGAUUUAGACCAGAUCACUUCAAGCAUAUGAGACCAGAUCAAUACGAACACAUUGAACAAGUAAGACAAGAACAACUCAGAGAAUUACAACAAAAGAGAGAUACGGAAAGUUUAAAUCAACAAUAUUGGGAUAAGAAACGUUUGCUUGAAACAAAGAUGGCAGGCUUACAAUUAAGAGAACAAGAACGAGCAAAGAAGCAGCAAGCAGCUGAACUUUUAGAAUUACACAAAAGGCAAGCUGAAGAAAAGAAACAAAAGGAAAAGUUUGUAAAUCAAGUGUAUGCUAAUGAGGUCACAGAGGAUUUUUUCAAUCGUUUUGGAACAAGCAGUCGUUAA